UGGGGUGAAGACGAGAGCAGAGGGAUUUGGGGAAGGAAAGAAUAAAAAAAAAGAGACGAAAGGAGGGGGACCAUCCUCCCCACCACCUCCGCCAGCAUCGCCACCACCGUUGACACCGCUCCGAGUCUCCAGUUGCGCCCAUGCCUGUGCCGCCAGUUUCGGUUUAGGGGCUGAACCGCAGGGGCUGAAGAAAAUGGGGCAGAGCGCGCCCCGGACCCUCCUGCUGCUGCUGGCGGGGCUGCUGGGGGAGGCUCUGGCGGGGUUCCCCAACACCAUCAGUAUAGGUGGACUUUUCAUGAGGAACACUGUUCAGGAGCACAGCGCAUUUCGAUUUGCUGUGCAGCUGUACAACACAAACCAAAAUACCACAGAAAAGCCCUUCCAUUUGAACUAUCACGUAGAUCACUUGGACUCUUCCAACAGUUUUUCAGUGACAAAUGCUUUCUGUUCGCAGUUUUCCAGAGGAGUUUAUGCCAUCUUUGGAUUCUAUGACCAGAUGUCCAUGAACACCCUGACGUCGUUCUGCGGCGCCCUCCACACGUCCUUCAUCACCCCGAGCUUCCCAACAGAUGCCGAUGUGCAGUUCGUCAUCCAGAUGCGGCCAGCCUUGAAAGGAGCCAUCCUCAGUCUCUUGACUUACUAUAAGUGGGAAAAGUUUGUGUACCUCUAUGACACAGAACGGGGAUUUUCCAUUCUUCAGGCAAUUAUGGAAGCAGCAGUACAGAACAACUGGCAAGUGACAGCCAGAUCUGUAGGAAGCAUAAAAGAUGUUCAAGAGUUCAGAAGAAUUAUAGAGGAGAUGGACAGACGGCAAGAAAAAAGAUACUUAAUUGACUGUGAAGUAGACAGAAUCAACACCAUUUUGGAACAGGUAGUAAUCCUCGGAAAACACUCUAGAGGCUAUCACUACAUGUUAGCUAACCUGGGUUUCACAGACAUUGUUCUGGAGAAAGUAAUGCAUGGAGGUGCCAACAUAACUGGAUUCCAGAUUGUUAAUAAUGAAAAUCCAAUGGUUCAACAGUUUCUACAGCGCUGGAUGAGGCUUGAUGAAAGGGAAUUCCCUGAAGCCAAAAACUCACCAUUAAAGUACACGUCUGCACUGACCCACGAUGCAGUGCUGGUGAUAGCUGAGGCUUUCCGGUACCUCCGAAGGCAGCGUGUGGAUGUCUCCAGGAGAGGCAGUGCUGGAGACUGCCUGGCUAACCCUGCAGUGCCAUGGAGCCAAGGAAUUGAUAUAGAAAGAGCACUGAAAAUGGUGCAAGUUCAAGGAAUGACAGGGAACAUCCAGUUUGACACCUAUGGGCGGAGAACAAAUUACACAAUUGAUGUGUAUGAAAUGAAAGCUGCUGGGUCACGGAAGGCUGGUUAUUGGAAUGAAUAUGAAAGAUAUGUGCCAGCAUUAGAUCAGCUGCCCUCUAAUGACACUUCAUCUGUGGAGAACAGAACCAUAGUAGUCACUACCAUCCUGGAAUCACCAUAUGUAAUGUAUAAGAAAAACCAUGAACAACUAGAAGGGAAUGAGAGAUAUGAAGGCUAUUGUGUAGACUUAGCUUCUGAAAUAGCAAAACAUGUUGGAAUAAAAUACAAACUGUCAAUUGUUGGAGAUGGGAAAUAUGGAGCUAGGGACCCUGAGACUAAGAUAUGGAAUGGCAUGGUGGGUGAACUGGUCUAUGGGAGAGCAGAUAUAGCUGUUGCCCCCCUCACCAUAACAUUGGUACGAGAAGAAGUCAUAGACUUUUCCAAACCCUUUAUGAGCUUGGGCAUCUCCAUCAUGAUCAAGAAGCCUCAGAAAUCUAAACCAGGCGUGUUCUCUUUCCUGGAUCCUUUGGCGUAUGAAAUUUGGAUGUGUAUAGUCUUUGCUUACAUUGGAGUCAGCGUAGUUCUUUUCCUAGUCAGCAGAUUCAGCCCUUAUGAGUGGCACUUGGAAGACAACACUGAAGAACCACGUGACCCUCAGAAUCCUCCUGACCCUCCAAAUGAGUUUGGAAUAUUUAACAGCCUUUGGUUUUCCCUGGGUGCCUUUAUGCAGCAAGGAUGCGAUAUUUCUCCAAGAUCUCUCUCAGGGCGAAUUGUCGGAGGAGUCUGGUGGUUCUUCACUCUCAUCAUUAUCUCUUCCUACACUGCUAAUCUCGCUGCCUUCCUUACGGUGGAAAGGAUGGUUUCACCCAUAGAGAGUGCAGAGGACCUGGCUAAACAAACUGAAAUAGCCUAUGGCACUUUGGAUUCAGGUUCAACCAAAGAAUUCUUUAGAAGGUCAAAAAUAGCUGUCUAUGAGAAAAUGUGGUCGUACAUGAAGUCGGCAGAGCCCUCGGUGUUCACCAAGACGACGGCGGACGGGGUGGCCAGGGUGAGGAAGUCCAAGGGCAAGUUUGCCUUCCUGCUGGAGUCCACGAUGAACGAGUACAUCGAGCAGCGCAAGCCCUGCGACACCAUGAAAGUUGGAGGCAACCUGGAUUCCAAGGGCUAUGGUGUAGCAACCCCCAAAGGCUCAGCAUUAAGAAAUGCUGUUAACCUGGCAGUAUUAAAACUGAAUGAGCAAGGCCUCUUGGACAAAUUGAAAAACAAAUGGUGGUACGACAAAGGAGAGUGCGGCAGCGGGGGAGGUGACUCCAAGGACAAGACGAGCGCUCUGAGCCUGAGCAAUGUUGCGGGCGUGUUCUAUAUCCUUGUGGGAGGCCUGGGGCUGGCCAUGAUGGUGGCACUGAUCGAGUUCUGCUACAAGUCUCGGGCCGAGUCCAAGAGAAUGAAGCUCACCAAGAACACACAGAACUUCAAACCUGCUCCUGCCACCAACACCCAGAAUUAUGCUACCUACAGGGAAGGCUACAACGUGUACGGCACAGAGAGUGUGAAAAUCUAGGGAUCUUCACCCUGACAGCAUGCAAGACAAAAAGCAGCAGAGAAUGUGGCUACUUCAUGGAUUUGGACCAUCUGAGCCAGUUGUACUCUCUCCGAGGUGUCAAGCAUGACACGCAUUGAUGAUGGUGCAAUGUACUUUUAAUAGGAAAAACUGGUAUUUUUUCCUUCAGUGCCUUAUGGAAGACUCUGAGACUCACAACAAUGCAAACCAUCACUGAAAUAUUCUUGCUUUGCUUCAAAGAAGUAAAAGAAAACAAAGAGAGGAAAAGAAAAGAAAAAUAAAAAAAGAAACAAAUGGAAGGGAAAAAGGACUGGUAAAAAGAUAUUGGUAUGUGAAAAAAAAAUUCUUGUAAAAAAAGAUCAGUGCAACAAAAGCCAUUCUUUGAUACCACUGCACAGUAACUGAACUUGUGUCCUGAAAGCAGCUGCAGCUGGUUUCAUCAGCCACCCCAAUCGUAUCAAAUUAUGAAACUGCUCCUGACACAAAGCCUCAGAAAUCUGCGGCGUGCAAGCGUGGACUGGCCUGCCACUGCUUGUAUGAGCUGAUGUCAAGAUGUUUCAGUAUUUACUUACAGUGGUGUCAUUUUAUUUUUUUUUUCUGAGCCACUUUAACCUCUCCAGCUAAUUUGAGCAAUUCUGUAUAGCAGCAAAAGGAGGGAAAGAAUCCGUGAAUUCAAACCAAUUAAGGUCAAUGACUGUGAAUCUGUAAAUCCAAAAGAAAGUAAUUUGUGGAACUGCAUGUCUUGCUUCCAGAUCAGUAAAUUAAUUUCUUGACAAGGUAGCUAAAGUGCGGGAAGAAAAUAUUGCAUUCCUUUUUUUUGUUCUAUCAUCAGGCAUACCUACAGGUGCUUUAUUAAAAUGACAUUGGGUGGCUUUUAAAAUUAAAAAAAAAAAAAAGGAAAAGCUACUUGCAGUUUAAGUUCAGACCAUAUAUCUCUUUUCUUGCUGUGCAUUUGAAUUUUAAUUCACUGUUUAAUAUCAAGCAAUGAAGCAAGAGAGAGGCAGGUCAGUUUUUCCCAGGCCUGCUUCUGCUUCUCCCCAGUUCUCUCCCGCCCAGCGCCGUGCUCAGCUAACGCUCCUCAGCCCCGGUCCUUGUAAAGCAGAAGCAAGGGAAGAGGACAGUAACUCCGGUUUAGCUGCAGUUCCAGAGUAAUAGUAAGCGAUCUAACACGACUCCUGCUAGUACUGUUAUACUCUAUCAGCUCCUGCCAGCUCUUGUUUCAUGCCUGGUGAGAGGAUGCUCUGUCCCUGCCUCUCUGUGAGGAGGAGCUCACUGUUACUCACAUCCAACAUCUUAGACAGCAGCAUUUCAGCCUUGAACCUCUGCCUGGAAACUACUUAACUUCAUCUCUAAAAAUAAAAAUAAAAAUUAAAAAAAAAAAAAAAGGAAAAAGGAAAAAAAAAACCACAAAACUUUAAACAUAUUGUCAAUCACAUGGGAAAUGUUCAAUGGAAUAUCUGCUUACUAAUUACCUCUAAUCGACAAUAUGUAUUUUCCGUAGUUUAUGAUAGAGUUUUAUUUCAUCAAUAACAUACAGUGAAAAAGAAACUCAUUUAAACCAGUCUGACCCUUAGGCAUUUAGUUUGCUGAUGAUAGAUUUGAACUUUUAAUAGGAUUUAAAAACAAACAAAAAGCAAAAAAAAUAAUAAAAAGAAAAGUCUUGUUAAAAAUAUGUAUUUCCAACAAAAUGUAAUAUAAAAUCAUUUUAAAAGCUCAUAGGAGAAUAAUUUAUUGUUCAAGUUUUUAACGGGAUAUUGACAAAAAAUUGUUUUGUUUUCAUUUUCUUUUCAUGAAACUCUGAUUUUUUUUCAACUUCUGAACACGAUCACGUCCCCAGCAAGGGUGAGUUAAAGCUGUGCAGUUAUGAGUUGUAUUUAAAACAAACGUUUUUCUUAAAAGCUGUAUAAAAUAUGUAUGUUUAUCAGAUCAAUUUUUAAGAGUGGAGGCUUCACACCAGUGAAGGGAGUUUGGUAAAUGGUUCGAUAUUUUUUAAACUUGCAUGUAAAUCUAAAAUGUGUUGAGUGCUUACCAAUUCUGGCUACCAACUUCAAGCUAUCAGAAGUUUGGCAGUAGUCUCAUGAUGAUUUGUUUUGGUAUAUUUUUUUAAAUUUGUUUUGCUUCAGGGGCUUAGGGGGUUCUCUCCUUUUUUUUUUCUCUCCUCUUUUUUGUUUUUUUUUGUAAUUUAAGUUCCUAUUUUUGGUCGUUGAAACUGCACUUGAGUGAGCAGAAAAAUUGCCAAGCAAACUAAUGGCUGUAAAAGCAUAAACUGCAUGUGUGGACAUCAAUUACUGAGCCUCAUUUUGAUGAGGUGUUGUACAAAGGGUUUUAAUACAUUUUGUAAAUAAAACUGUAAAGAAAAAAAAUUAAA